AUGGGGUGCUCCAGCUCGAGGGAGGCGCGCGGCGGCGUGGUACCGCCGGCCGCGGUUCCGGCCAAGCGGCGGGAGGGCCUGCGCUCGCGGUCCCUGCCGCGCGCCGCCUCGGCGCUGACCUCCCUCGGCAUGUGCCGCGGCGGGCACGACGGCGUGCACGCAUACACCAGGCUGCCGUUCGAGGAGAAUAUGAAGGGAGGCGCCAAUGACCAGGCCACGGCUGAGGAUAGGCUCCCCGGUGAGGAUUCGGCGGCGCAGGUGGAGGGGAGGCAUGACGCGCCCAGGACGCCGGCAGCGGUCAUGACCGACCUCGAGGAUGCCGCGACGGCGGCUUCGUCGUGGACGGCGCAAUGGCAAGAAGAACCAGCGCUGUCUUCGCCGCAGCUGCAGCCGGCGCCUGACCUUGACCCGGCGAUCUUAGCCGGCUUCCGGCAGACCGUGGACGAGCCGUCGCCGUCGCACCCGGCGCUUCUCUACCCGGAGCACGAGAACCCGUCGCCGCGGGGGCCGACGGAGGAGACCUGCGACACUGACAUGGGGACGCCAGCCGCGCGCGGCAUACCGGAGGUCACGGGCUUCAUGCGCGCGCGCGUCGACGAGUUCCAUGAACAGAUGGAAAAGAAGAAGAAGGCAACGGCCGACGACGCCCCCGACGUUAAGGACUACGACUUGCCGACGCCAAGGCGCCGGCCGGCGCACGCGGGGAAGGCGGUGGUGCUGUACUUCACCAGCCUCCGCGGCGUGCGCAGGACGUUCGAGGACGGCCGCGCCGUGCGCGCCAUCCUGCGGUGCUACCGCGUGCGCGUGGACGAGCGCGACGUGUCCAUGCACGCCGCCUUCAAGUCCGAGCUCCGCGACCUUCUCGGCGCGGACUUCGUGGGGCCCGUGCUGCCGCGCGUUUUCGUGGACGGGCGUCACGACCUCGGCGGCGCCGAGGACGUGCGCGCGCUGCACGAGGCCGGAGAGCUCGCGCGCGCGCUGGCCGGGUGCGAGGCCGCGCCGGCGGGCAGGCCCGGGCACGUGGGCGCGUGCGCGUCGUGCGGCGAGGCGCGGUUCUUGCCAUGCGAGACGUGCCACGGCGGCUGCAAGGUCUUCGUCGACGACGAGGGGUGCCGCUUCGCUGGCUUCUUCCGGCGGUGCCCGGACUGCAACGAGAAUGGGCUAAUCCGAUGCCCCGUGUGCUGUUACUGA